CCUUAUAACACAGGGAGCAUGCACACAAUCAGCAGAAGAGCUGGCAUCUCCCGUCGGAGUGACAAAGUGACAGGAUAUUCGCAGUUUUUACCAUACUGAACAACACGUUACGUACCCAGGGAUGCAGAACGACCCAGAGGCAAUCAGCUGUGAACCAUUGGGGGAGGGAGGUGAUUCCCGUGUGGCGGGAACCGACCAUUUCACAGAGGGACCACCAGGCGAGGGGACAAGUUUGACUGUGAAUAAUCAAACAACGACUUCACCCCCAGAAGACCCCUGGGCUGGUCCUGAACUCAAAGACACAGAAACUCCAUGGGAAGAAUUGGACACCAAAGGGAAGGUAUUCCGAUGUAUCUGGACUUCUCUGCGGAUCCUGCUAGUCUUCACGUGCCUCUAUUUCUUUAUCUGUUCUUUGGACUUUCUCAGCUCAGCCUUCAGACUUCUAGGGGGUAAGACGGCUGGUCGUGUGUUCCAGGACAGUGAGCUGGUCCGUAACCCUGUGUGUGGGGUGAUGAUAGGCCUGCUGUCUACAGUGCUGGUCCAGAGCUCCUCCACCACCACCUCCAUUGUAGUCAGCAUGGUGGCAGCCGACAUUCUGACGGUAAAACUGUCCAUCCCAAUCAUAAUGGGUGCCAACAUAGGGACAUCCGUGACCAACACCCUGGUUUCCUUGGGGGAGAUAACUCAUCGUAACGACUUCCGGCGGGCGUUUGCAGGCGCCACGGUCCACGACAUGUUUAACUGGCUGUCUGUCAUCGUACUGCUUCCCCUGGAGGUGGCCACGGACUACCUGUAUCAUCUGACUGGGGCUAUCAUUGGACACAUGCGAUUGGAGACCUCAAAAGAUGCCAAUAAGGACUUGCUGAAAGCAGUCACAAAGCCAUUUACCAAACUUAUAAUACAAAUCGACUCCAAGAAGAUUGGUUUGAUAGCAAAGGGUGGAGAUAAAGAUUACAGCUUGCUGAAGACGUGUUGUCUGUCCAAGAAAACCACAACUACCAACGAAACGGGAUACAAUAUCACCCAGACCAACUGUCUUAAGAAAUGUUCUCAUCUAUUUGUGGACUCUGGAUUGACAGAUUCCGUAAUAGGGACAAUCAUGUUGAUUGUCUCCCUCACUCUGUUGUGUGUGUGUCUGUUCGGAAUUGUCAAGUUACUGAACUCUCUUCUUCAAGGACACAUUCGUACUGCUAUAAAGAAAUUUGUAAAUUACAAUUUCCCGGGAAAAGCUGCCUACUUUACUGGGUACGUCGCCAUUUUAAUCGGAAUGGGCUUUACUGUCUUGGUCCAGUCCAGCUCUGUUUUUACAUCGGCCUUGACCCCUCUAGUAGGCAUUGGGGUCGUAAGUCUCGAUAGAAUGUAUCCAUUGUCUAUUGGUUCCAACAUUGGAACAACAACAACGGCCAUUUUAGCAGCUCUUGCAACAGACACACGAGGCGGAACUCGACAGCUUCAAAACUCCCUCCGCAUUGCGAUGUGUCAUCUGUUUUUUAACCUUUCAGCCAUGUGUCUUUGGUAUCCGAUACCUUUCAUGAGAUUUCCGAUACGUCUAUCUAAAUUUCUUGGCAACACCUCGGCCAAGUAUCGUUGGUUCGCGCUAUUCUAUCUGGUAGUUGGAUUCUUCCUGUUUCCCCUCGUUGUCUUUGGAUUAGCCCAGGCAGGCUGGGAAGUUCUAACUGCCGUUGGAACUAUCUUCCUUUUUAUCGUGUUUGCCGUUGGCGUUAUAAAAUUUCUUCAGAGGAAAAAACCUGAAUGGCUACCUAAAUGGCUUCGAAAUUGGAAAUUUUUGCCUGUGUAUUUUCGGUCACUUGAACCUCUUGAUCGACUGUUUAAACACAUGUUUGGUUUUUGUAAAAUGUGUCACCAUCAUCAUUAUCAUCAUCAUAAUCAACAUCAUGCAGAAAGUGCACCGAUCAAUGCAACGGAGAACGAAAAAAUGUUAUAAUCAUCAAAGCAUAUGCUUUCUUGCACGUCUACAAGUUAGCCUACUUGGCAUUUUGUAAGCAGGCGCCUCUUAUGUAAUAGUAUAGUAAUUAUAUAGUAAUGUAUAGUAGUAUAUAGUAAUUAACGGCGUCAGUGACAAUUGUGUCCAACUACAGACAAAUGAAGGAUAAGGAGUUCAAAUGACGUUUAAUUCAGUACAUAUUUUGAAAUCUAUAUUAAAAAAGAAAGCCACAUUUCUUUUUUUGUAUCUAUUAAAAUGUUUGCUAUUAAUUUUAACCUUAAGAUCAAAGUGGAAAAAAAAAGGUUUCAGAAUAUUCACUCGUUUCUAUCACAGUUGAGAAAAAGAAGGGAAAAAAAACACAUGCAUAACACUGAGACUUGUCUUAGAUGUUGUGUUCACGUCUUUUGAUGUAACACCAAUGUUGCUAAAUAAUUUGAGUGAUUUUUUUCUUCAUUUAUUUAACCUUACAUUGGGUGUAGAUUUAUAUCUUUGAUGUGAGAUGGUAAUUUCUUGCAAAAAACAUAACGUGUCAUUUCUGAGAACUCUAUUAAAUUGCAGAAGGCCUUCUUAUAAAAUACUUCUCACUUUUAAUUAGUUAUCUCUAAAUAUAACCGAAUAAGUUAAACGCUUGAUGUCGUGUCUGAAAUAUUACACAACUGGAUCUUUAGUCAAAGUGAUUACAAUGAUGAAUCAAAGCAUUGAGAGUACUGAAAGCUGGGUAAGUUUAAUCUGUAUGUUUCUUUUUUUUUAACAAGAAAGAUAAAAUAUAUAAUAAAAGCAUUAAUUGAUUGA